GCUUACGGAGACCAGUCGUACGUGCUGCAGGCUGAAGUCUUGGUGGAGGACUGUUGGUAACAAGAACUACAAGCCUCUGCCAGGCACGUCCCCGGACCUCCAGGGUGCAUUGGAGAACCAGGACCGAGCCGAGCCGGUCUGGAAGAGUUCAGCCGCCUCUGCUGCCUCCUCGUCGGUUUAAUCCACUUUAAACUGAGCCGGAAGAGGACGCUACAUUGUAUCACACACAUCAGAGAGAUCAAAGGUGUGUCUGCAGCUCCUGCAAAGAGCAGACAUCAUGGAGGAUGACCUGAUGUUCAGCAUGGAGGAGGAGGGAAGCGCCAAGAGGCCCCCUGUCCAACGAAGGGUCCCCAACCAGCGGUCCAUUUCCCUCAGUGAGGACGAUGACGACGACCACUUCAUCUGCCCCAUCCUGGACGACUCCGCCAAAGAAAUCUGUCACUACCUGAAGAAUAAGGUCUACGCCCGGCAGCUGUCAAACUCCCUCCCUAAGAGCAACUUUAUGUUCAAGAAUGAAACAGAAACGGUGGCAGAACCUCGAGGGCACAGGGUUUUGUCUCAGAGUGCACUGGAUGCAUGGAAACAUGCGAUCGAAAAGGCCAAAGCUAUGCCCGACCCCUGGGCCCAGUUUCACCUGGAGGACAUCGAGACUGAACCCUGCAUUCGUUACAGGUACAAUGCCGUCACAGGAGAGUGGGCUCAAGACCAGGUCCACAUCAAGAUGGCUACCCAGCCGUUUGGGAAAGGGGCCAUGAGGGAGUGCUUCAGAACGAAGAAGCUGUCAAAUUUCUCACACAGCAGCAACUGGAAGUCAGCAUGUAAUUAUGUGACCAAGCGUUACAUGGAGACGGUGGACAGAAACGUUUACUUUGAGGACGUCAGGCUGCAAAUGGAGGCCAAACUCUGGGGAGAAGAAUACAACCGGCACCGACCUCCCAAACAGGUGGACAUCAUGCAGAUGUGUGUGAUAGAGAUGAUGGACCGACCAGGUAAACCGCUCUUCCACCUGGAACAUUACAUCGAGGGCAAGUACAUCAAAUACAACUCCAACUCUGGCUUUGUGAGGGACGACAACAUCCGACUCACUCCACAGGCCUUUAGUCACUUCACCUUUGAGCGGUCGGGCCACCAGCUGAUCGUGGUGGACAUCCAAGGAGUCGGAGAUCUCUACACUGACCCUCAGAUCCACACAGAGAAGGGGACGGACUUCGGAGAUGGCAAUCUGGGUGUGCGUGGCAUGGCGCUGUUCUUCCACUCCCACCUGUGUAACAAGAUCUGCAAGAGUAUGGGCCUGACGCCUUUUGACCUUUCCCCUGCAGAGAAGUCCCAGCUGGACUGCACCAACAAACUGCUUAAGUCAGCCCAGACGGUGCUGAGGGGCUGCGAGGAGCCCUGCGGUUCUCCCCGUGUUCGUACCAUGUCGGUCGGCCGGACGCCUCCGCUGUUGUCCCGCCUGUCUGAGACGUCUUCUGUGGACGAGAGCAUGAGCGACGCAGACUCAAUCCCCUGCUCGCCGCUCACACUGCCCUGCUCCCCGCUCGCUGCACACGGAUUUAUGGGAAGGUCCCCUAUGGGCUUAUCCUUUAUGGGAAUGAACGAACAUGACCGACACAAUAAUAACAACACAGGUGAAAACAAGGACUCUGACAGCGGCGGUGACAGCGGAUACCCCAGCGAGAGGAGGAGUGAAGGCGACGCAAAUGACCACGUAGACGGGGCCCAUCACCGCAACCAAAGACAUUAUUCUGAGUCGGAUGAAGACAGUGUCAGACGGCUGACGGAGGAGAAGUGGAGCUUCUACCAUUCGUCUCGCGCUCACGUCCACCGGUCCUCCUGUGUGGCCACCGAGGUGGAGCGACUCAACACGCUGCUGCAGAAGAAGAUCGGCCAGUCGAUCCUAGGAAAGGUCCACCUGGCGAUGGUGCGGUACCAUGAAGCCGGUCGCUUCUGCGAGAAGGACGAGCAGUGGGAUCAGGACUCGGCCAUGUUGCACCUGGAGAGAGCUGCUCUGUGCGGAGAGCUGGAGGCCAUCGUGGCCUUGGGACAGUGCUGCAUGCAGCUGCCUCAUCACAUUCUGCCAGAAAUGGAGCUGGAGGAUAACGCUGGAAACAAGAUGAAAGGUUUUAAGUAUCUGAUGCUGGCUGCGGAGGCCGGAGACAGACCUUCCAUGAUCAUAGUGGCCAGAGCCUUCGAUACUGGGAUCAAUCUGUCAGCUGACAGAAAGCAGGACUGGGAGGAGGCGAAUCACUGGUAUGAGAGUGCGUUGAACAUGACAGACUACGACGAGGGGGGAGAGUUCGACGGCACGCAGGACGAGCCUCGCUACCUGCUGCUGGCCAGAGUGGCAGAGAUGAACCAAGUGGGAGGCUUCAACCUCACCGCAAACCCACAGAGAGCAGGUGAUCUGUUUACAGAAGCAGCAGAAGCUGCCACGGAGGCCAUGAAAGGUCGACUGGCUAACCAGUACUACAUGAGAGCUGAAGAAGCCUGGGCGCUAAUGGAGGAGUAAUUUUUUGAUACAAAAAGGCCACGGAAGGUCAUUUUUACACAUUCAGAAUAAAACCUGAAUUGGUAGUUUACAUACUUUUUUAUUGCAUAUUCUCUUGCCAAGGUGCUGUGUAUGUGUGUGUUUUCAGCCUUCUAGAAUCAGGCUUUAAAGUCUAGGUUUCUGUUCUUCUUUUUCUGUUUCUUUUCUUUAAUUCCCUGUCUCUGAUUACCUUUAGACUAAGUGACUGUGGUUGUAUGAAAGAGAAGGUCUAGAAGAUCAAAACAAAGAAAAUGUUUCUUACUUUGCUCUAUAUUCAUGUUGGAAGAAUGCAUGUUAAAAAAUUCUUGGAGUAUAAAACUUAAAUAAAGUUUGCUUUAUGGGUAAACACUUGUCGCUAUUCCUCCCAGUUUUCAUACUCUCUCCAGUAGACAAGAGCUCUGUCUUUAAUGGUCUGUUCCUGGUGACUCAAUACAAAUGAUAGUACAAAUCUUUAAAUGCUGCUGUCAUAACUGUUAAUCUCAAAUCCAAAGUGCACCAAUGCAACCAAGGUAUGUUUGUGUCAACUCUGAAAUUACAUAGACUUUGUCACUAACAACACAACAACCAAUAAAAGCAUUUUGAUUUUUAAACGAAAAUCCCAAUGUAAAACGAAGAAUAUUGUACCUUACAGAACUGCAGCAAAUGUACUUUUAAUAUGUUUUAUUUGGAAAUAUAUGCACAUUAAUUUAUUCCAAAAUGCACCAAAUGAAAAGUACUUUCAGUAAUGCAAAAUAUACUAUAUAAACUACUGUAUAUAGAUGGUAAGAAAUGAAAAUCAAACACAGCUCUUUUUAUCUCCUUUAAUUAAAAUUUUCCAAAUGCUGCUAUGGAUACUUAAAUAUGUGUUAAGGGAUAUAUUUAGG